AUGCCGGUUAUUGAUAACUGGAAGGCGUGGAUACGGCCUGUUGUUUUCGCUGGGUACAUACUUCUCGUAUGUGUCGCCUUUCCUCUGUGUGUCUGGGAACUGUUGAAAGAGGAAAACAGCGUGCACAAAAAAGCAUGGUUCACUGCCGGUGUGUUCGUGUUUCUGACGAUACCAAUAUCUCUGUGGACGAUACUGCAACAUAUAGUGCAUUAUACCAGACCUGACCUACAGAAACACAUUAUACGGAGUUUGUGGAUAUCCGUAAUAGUAAAUGACGAAUGGCUUGCGCUGAGGUUUCCCAAUGCUGCGAUAUACUUGAGUACGUGUAGAGAGUGUUACGAAGCUUACGUCAUUUACAAUUUUAUGAUUUAUUUGUUGAAUUUCUUAAACUCUGAAUAUGGGGAUGAUUUUAUACUGAUGCUAGAAGCCAAACCACAACAAAAACAUUUAAUUCCGUUCUGUUGCUUCCCAACAUGGAAAAACGGCCGCCAACUAGUACAUUGUUGUAAACAGGGUGUUUUGUCGUAUACUGUAGUGAGACCAAUUACAACAAUUAUUGCUUUAAUAUGCGAAUUAGCUGGUAAAUACAAAGAAGGCGACUUUAGUCCCUCGUCAGCAUGGCUGUAUAUUGUUAGCAUUAAUAAUGUAUCACAAAUUUGGGCCAUGUACUGCCUCAUACUGUUCUACAAAGCUACCAAAGAAGAGUUACAACCGAUAAAACCAGUAGCCAAGUUCCUGUGCGUUAAAUUAGUCGUUUUCUUUUCCUUCUGGCAAGCUGUCUUUAUCGCAUUUCUCGUUGCUAUCGGUGUUAUCACAUCUAAUGAAAGUCUUGAUUUGGAAGCGGACACAAUUGCUACUGCGUUGCAAGAUUUAAUAAUUUGUAUGGAGAUGUUUGUAGCCGCAAUAGCUCAUCACUACUCCUUUCCGUAUCAACCGUUUGUUGACCCCAUGGGACCCUCUACACCGUGGUAUAAAUCGUUCAUGGCAAUGUGGGACGUGUCUGAUGUCAAAGAUGAUGUGGUGGAGCAUGUCAGGUCUGUCGGUACAACCAUGAAAAGUACAGUUAAGAGCACAAUGAUUGGACGUAGACGAGCAAAAGAUAAUGAGAGAACUCAUCUGUUAGUUGGUAACGAAGAUGACAUAAGUAUAAAUGGAACAACUUCAAUAAACGCAGACAGGUAUGAAAAUGUUACCUUAGUGACAUCUUCAACAAGUUUAGGAGCAGCAUCCCAAGGUGGAAGUUCUGCAUCCUCCACGUCGCCGCCAGUAUACGUUAGUGCUGAGGUGCACUUUGAAGAAUGUGAAGAUGGUGUAUUGGUGGAUAUUAUCGAGACUUCGUCAGAUGAUCAUGGUAGAAGUUUGGGCAAUGACCGUGAUACAGAAGGGCCAACUAAAGAUGAAGUGUAAUCAUCAGACAAACUUGAAAGAUGUUCAGAAAAGUGAUUCUUUGCAAUCAUUGAUAGAUUUUAGGAACCAAUUGUUUUUAUCUUCUGAAAUACAAGUUGUGAUUUAUUUAUUUAUUUAUUUAUUUAGUUUAUUUAUUCAAAUUAAGUAUGCAUAUAUUUUAACAAUCAUCUCACACUCUAAAGCAAAGCAUUGAUAACAUAAUGCGAAAAGUUGUGCGUGUAAUCAUUGCUAUUCAAUCAAACUUCUCACAUUACCAUCUUCAUCUGUAGCAC